AUGGAAAAUAUAAAUUCCAGAAUUGCUCUUUUGAGGUUUUUAAAACUAAAAAAUAUUUUUUUAUAUGUAAGAAAAGAAACAGGGAAACGAUACUUCACAAUAUUAAGGAGCAAUCAUAAAGCAUACCAAAAUAAUGGCACUUUUUUUUUGUCUAAUAUUAAAUACAUUAAUAAUAACGAAAAUAAUUAUACUCAAGAUAAAUUAGAUUACAAACAAAUAUAUGAUAAUUUUCCAAAUAAUAUAAAUAAAAAUGAAAAAAAAAAAUUAUUAAAAAUAGAAGAUUUUUAUUAUUUUAAUGUCUAUCUACUUAAUGACAAAGAAUUUGUAAAUUUUGUAUUAAAACAUAAUUUCCAUGAAAAUAAAAAUAUAUAUGUUUCUAUACUUAUACAAUUAACAAAAAUAUAUAAUCAUAUAUCUAUUAAAAAUAUAAUUGAGGUAUUAGGGAAAAUAUUUAAUAAAAAUAAAGCGGCAUAUUCUCAUUUAUCUAUUAAUGGUGAAGAUAUCUCAAAUUUAUAUUCACAUAUAUGUAAUAAUAUAACUAAACUUAAUAAUUUACAACUUAUUAUUUUUUUAAAAUGUUGUUCUUAUACUACUAUUCAAUAUCCUCAUGAAGCAAUUAUAUAUAUAAUAAAAAUUAUUUUGUCAAAAAAUAUAAACUCUUUUAACUUAUCAUCUAUUCAUGAUAUAUGUAACAGUCUUGUUAAAAUAAAAAAUCAUUUCAAAAUUAAUAAAAUAUAUUAUGAUCUCAAACUUCAAAUUAAUUUACAUUCAUAUUUACAAAACAAAUUAUUAAAUCCUACUAUAGAACAAUAUUUUCAAAAUCUUCCAAUAUAUAUAAGUAUAGAAAAGGAUAUACAAAAAAUUAUGAACCAAAAUGAAAAUCGAAAUUCUAAUAUUAUAACAACAAAAAAUGAUCCUGACAUAAUAUCAACUUCUUCAUUAUGUGAAAAACAAACUAAUUUUGAAAAAGGAGAUUCAAUAUCUAGAUAUAACAACUUUGUAAUUAAUCAGGAACAACUUUUAUCAUUAAAACAAAAAUGGAAAUUAUUAUUUUUAAAUAAAAUAAAUGAAAUAAAUGGAGAAUAUGUUUUAGAAGCAGUUAGUAUAUACAAAUGGUUAGAUCUUAAAGACCCAUCUCUUUUUACACAUAUUUGUGAAAUAUUUGUAAAAAAUAUUUUGUUAUUUGACUCAAAAUAUAUAGUUCGUUUUUUUCGAAAAUGUCAUAGUUUAAAAUUUGAAAAAAAAAAUAUUUAUUCGAAUAAUGACAUGAACAAGUCAGGUGAAAACAUGUAUAAUAAUAAAAAAAAAAAAAAAAAUGAAAUAAAUUUAGAAAAUAAUGAGGAAGAAAUUAAUGAUGAAAAAAAUACAUUUUUGCAAAAUUAUUCCAAAGUAAAUAAUGAAGAAAAUUCAAAUAAAUUUAAUUUUCAAAAUAUUGAAGAAGAUGUUGGUACAAAUUUAUUGUUAAAUAUUAUUAAUGAAAAAAUAUAUAAAAUGGAUAUAAACGAAUUGAAUGCUAUCACUUAUGGUAUAUAUGCAUUUAUAGAAAAUAUGAAACAGUUUUCUAAUUUAGCAAUUCUAAAAAAUAAUAUGAAUAUUCUUUUUUCAAUGUCUUCUCAAUAUAUUAGAAACUAUAUAAAUAACGAAAUUCUCACACAACCAAAGAAGUUCCUAAACAACAAUCAAUUUAAAACCGAAAAUAAAGAAAAUAAAAUAAUGCAAAAUGUACAAAAUGUACAAAAUGUACAAAAUGUACAAAAUGUAGAAAAAUCAUAUGAUAUAAACAUGAAUACAGAAUAUAUGUAUAUAUCAUCAACGAGUAUAUAUUUGAACAAAUACGAAGAGCCCCAUCUUGAUGUGUGCAAUUAUAAUAAUAAAAAUGAUUAUAAUUAUUCAGGAAUCGAAAAUAUAAAAUAUGUAAGCGAUAUUUUACUUAAUAUAAGCUAUUUUAAUAUAAGUAAAAAUCAUAAAAAAAUAAAAGAAAUUUAUGAAUGCAUAAAUAAGUUAAUUAUAAAUAAUAAUGUAAAUGAAGAUGCUAACAAUUUGGUAAGCUUAUUAAUGUGUCUUUCAAAUUUAUAUUUCAAAACAUUUGAUAAUUAUAUUUUUCAUAUAUAUAAAAAUAUAAUAGAUAUAUUAGAUAAUGAAAAGGUUCAAAUUAAUGGUCAUCAUUUUAAUAAGCUAUCUUUUGCUAUAUCUCCAAUACUUAAUGAAGAAAAUAAACUUAUUCAAAAAUAUUCUGAUUUUUUAACAUUUUUUGUUCAUGCAAAAAUUGUACCUUUACGUUCAUGUGUUUUUUUAUUACAAAAUAUAAUGAAAAAUCUUAAAAUUAAACUAAAUGACCAAUUAAGUAAUCUAAAAUUGGCAAUAAUAAAUAGAAUUUAUUUAUUUAUGAAAGAGUCCUAUGAAUAUUCAGAAACAAUACCCGAAACGUCAAGUUACAACGACAUUAAUAAUAAUGAAAAUGCAACAAAUAGCUAUAUUACUCAUAACAAUAAUAAUUCUGACCAUGUUCAGGCAAAUUUUAAAAAUUUUUUAUUACUUCAUUCAAUUAAUGAAAAUACCUUAAUAUGCAUAGUUGCCAGCUUAUCUCUUAUAAUACAACAAUCAAAAUAUGGAUCGAAAAAUAAGGAUGAUGCUGUUAUCCUUCUUCAAAAUAUUAUUUCUUAUAUUCCAAUUAAUUUAUUUCAAAAAUUUCCAAAAAAACACAUUCACACUGAACUUAUUCAAGCGCUUUUACCUGAACAUGAUCAGGUAAAACAGAUUCUUCUUAGUAAAAUGUAG